AGGGGGCAAGUGUCACUCAGGCCGGGAGAGCCGUAGGGGGUGGUUGCGACGGCGGCAGCGGCGGCGGCGGGCAGCUGGUCGGAGCCUCCGCCGCCUGCGGGGCUGUCCUCACAAGAUGGAGUUUCUCCUGGGGAACCCGUUCAGCACCCCGGUGGGACAGUGCCUCGAAAAGGCUACAGAUGGAUCCCUUCAGAGUGAGGACUGGACAUUGAAUAUGGAGAUCUGUGAUAUCAUCAAUGAGACAGAAGAGGGUCCCAAGGAUGCCAUACGGGCCCUGAAGAAGAGGCUCAAUGGAAACAGAAACUACAGGGAAGUGAUGUUGGCAUUAACAGUGCUGGAGACUUGUGUCAAGAACUGUGGCCAUCGAUUUCACAUCCUUGUGGCAAACCGUGAUUUCAUAGAUGGUGUCCUUGUGAAAAUCAUCGCCCCUAAGAACAAUCCUCCUACUAUUGUCCAGGACAAAGUGCUGGCUUUGAUUCAGGCUUGGGCUGAUGCAUUUCGGAGUAGUCCUGAUCUCACUGGAGUGGUGCAUAUUUAUGAAGAACUGAAAAGAAAAGGGAUUGAAUUUCCCAUGGCAGACUUAGACGCCCUGUCUCCAAUACAUACACCACAGCGGAGCAUCCCUGAAGUGGAUCCAGCAGCGACUAUGCAUAGGUCUCAAUCGCAGCAAAGAAUGAGCUCCACAUCCUCUUCUGCACCUCCUCCUACGCCAUACACAGCUCCUCAGGCCCCAUCUUUGAAUGUGACUGGGCCAAUCACCGCCAACUCAGAACAGAUUGCCAGGCUGCGGAGUGAACUUGAUGUUGUCCGAGGAAACACGAAAGUCAUGUCUGAGAUGUUAACAGAGAUGGUUCCUGGGCAAGAAGACUCCUCCGACCUUGAGCUGCUACAGGAACUGAACAGGACCUGUAGAGCUAUGCAGCAGAGAAUUGUGGAACUCAUCUCCAGGGUUUCUAAUGAAGAGGUCACCGAGGAAUUGCUGCAUGUGAAUGAUGACUUAAAUAACGUCUUCCUCAGAUAUGAGAGGUUCGAACGGUACAGGUCAGGUCGUUCUGCUCAAAAUACCAGUAACGGAGUCCUGAAUGAAGUAACUGAAGAUAAUUUAAUAGAUCUUGGUCCUGGUUCUCCAGCUGUAGUGAGUCCAAUGGUGGGUAACACAGCACCACCAUCUUCUCUUUCCUCACAGCUAGCUGGCCUGGAUUUGGGGACAGAUAGUGUCAGUGGAACCCUCAGCUCUCUCCAGCAUUGUAACCCCCAAGAUGACUUUGAUAUGUUUGCCCAGACAAGAGGAAACUCCUUGGCUGAACAGCGUAAGACAGUCACUUAUGAGGAUCCACAAGCAGUGGGAGGACUGGCCUCUGCAUUAGAUGUUCGAAAACAGAACACUGAAGUGAGGAGAGGUAAAGGUGGGAACUCUGACAUGGAGCCAAUAGACAAGUGGCUAAUUACACAAGGAAUGAUCCCUGUUGCGCAGUCCUCUGUCAUGGAUGACAUUGAGGUGUGGCUCAGUACGGACCUGAAAGGUGACGAGCCGGAGGAAGGAGUCACAAGUGAAGAAUUUGACAAAUUUCUUGAAGAAAGAGCCAAAGCUGCUGAAAUGGUCCCCAAUCUACCAUCUCCCCCUGUGGAAGCACCAACAUUACCCAUAAAUACAUCUGGAAGAAAAAAGCCAGAGCGCUCCGAAGAUGCCCUCUUCGCCCUGUGAUGCAUUUUCUUGGUCUCCUUCCUUGUGCUGUGCAGAAGAACGCUACUGUCUGGUCACACCAUACUCUCUUCCAUUGUGACAAACACUGACCCCCUCAUCACUCCUUCUGUAUCUUCACCCUUAUUCACUCCCCAGUCAGUCAUACCACUCUCACUUACUAAAAAGGAAACUUCACCUGUCUCUCCUUUAAAGCCCUAUUUUAUUUCCUCUAAGUCUCCCACCCUUCAAUACCAGCUUUAACCACCUUUUCCUUUCUGGGCUGUGUGAAAUUGGCUGCUGCUACUGAAACCCACCUCUCCCUCCCCCUGCUCCCACCCACCUUUCCCACCUGGUCCCCCUGAAAAAUGUAAAUGCAUGAGCUCACUUUCCUCGUAUUGGAAACCAGGUAUGGCAGGAAGAGCUGCCCAGCCUUGAGAUGACUUAUCAUGGUGGUUUCCUGUGUCCCUUGCCUUGUAGCCAAAUAUUUAGCAGGACACAAUGGAGGAUCCUUGGGCCCAGGAUGGAUUCAAGUAGAGGAGCAUCUCAUUCUUGAUGUUCCCAAUUAUAGGUCCAAGUCAUAUCACUCCUGCUCUAGAAUUCUGCCUUCCACCUCUUUUACUUCUCUGUCCCCUGGGUUCUGGAAUGGAAUUAGCUGGCGAGUUCAGACGGUAUGUCAAGCCUCAUGAGGUUUUCCAUUCUUUGGUCUCUUCCUUUCACUAUGAGUUUUCCCAGGUUGGCUUCAGGAGACUAGAUGGUGGUCUGAUGACUUCCCUCCUUUGCUGCUCAUCAACACACAUUAACUUGAUUCUGUUAAAAAAACAAACCUUGGGGUAGUUGGGGCUUCUAGCACUUUAAAAAGUUUUGCAUUAUUUCUCAAUGUUCCAGCAAAUCUUUCCUGUCAAUCUGUUGUGUCGUAGGUCCUUUUGGGCUUCUCUUUCCAGGUAUUCACAUAGAAGGCCCUUUGCUGUAAGCUCAUGCCAAUUAGUGGAUUCAGCUCUACCCACUUAGCUAGACAGGGCUCGAAAUCUUUGGCAAAGGGUGGCAUUGCCAUGCUGAAGAUAUUAGGCAUUGCAGAGGGUACACCCUCUGGUGGAAUGCAGUUUCUACGUGGCUUCCAGUAAAUCUAGUUAAUGAAAGGGAAGUUAAAGGAAAGGAAGGAGACCAGGAGUUGAACACAUCAAUGAAAAUUGGUAUUAAAUCAUCCAGACAUUG